GUGAUUUAUAAUACUAUUAUACAGAGAGCUGGAUGUCUCAGAUGUCUGUGUUUUGUAGGUGAGUUCUGGCUGGGGCUAAAGAAGAUCUAUGCUGUUGCCCAUCAGGGACACUCGCUCCUGCAUGUCCAGAUUGAGGACUGGAGGAAGGAGAAGCAUUUCAUGCUUUAUCAGUAUAUCCUGGAGGACGCCGCCUUCAACUACACCAUCCAUCUGAAGCUGCAGACCGGUGAAUCCAGCUCUGCUCUGGAUGAACACAGUGGCUUCAGGUUCUCCACUAAAGACCACAACGAUGGAAACCGUGAUCCAAACUGUGCUCAAGACUACACAGGUGGGUGGUGGUUUAGCAUUUGCGGCGACAUUAACCUGAAUGGCAAGUGUAUUCAGAGCAGACCUCAUAAAAAGGGAACCCACUGGAAACCUGGCAAGGGAACCACCAGCUUCAAGGCCUCAAAAAUCUCCAUUAGUCAUCUCACAAAGCCACAACCCCCUUAAUAUCAACAGUAUGAGCAGAAGCACAUAUGAUUGCAUUCAUGCUGAACAAUUGCAUCUUGGUUUUUACAAAGUAACUGUUUCAUGGACAUGACAAAGUUCCCAUUGAUGAGUAUGAACCUAUCAAUAUGAUGCAGUAA